CUGCCGCAGAGAGAAGAUGGCCAGCAGGAAGGCGGGGACCAGGGGCAAGGCCGGGGCCACCAAGCAGGCCCAACGUGGCUCUUCCAACGUCUUUUCGAUGUUCGAGCAAGCCCAGAUCCAGGAGUUCAAGGAAGCCUUCAGCUGCAUAGACCAGAACCGGGAUGGCAUCAUCUGCAAGUCAGACCUUCGGGAGACCUACUCCCAGCUCGGGAAGGUGAGUGUCCCAGAAGAGGAGCUGGACGCCAUGCUGCAGGAGGGGAAGGGCCCCAUCAACUUCACCGUCUUCCUCACGCUCUUCGGAGAGAAGCUCAACGGGACAGACCCCGAGGAAGCCAUCCUGAGCGCCUUCCGCAUGUUUGACCCCAGUGGCAAAGGCGUAGUGAACAAGGAUGAGUUCAAGCAGCUUCUCCUGACCCAGGCAGACAAAUUCUCUCCGGCUGAGUGCCUCCCCCAGGUGGAGCAGAUGUUUGCCCUGACGCCCAUGGACCUGGCAGGGAACAUCGACUACAAGUCCCUGUGUUACAUCAUCACCCAUGGGGACGAGAAGGAGGAGUGAGCUGGAGGCGCCGGCAGCUGUGGCUCAGUGCCAGGCCCUCAGGGCCACCUCAAUAAACGCUGUUUCUGAAUUA